AUGGUGAUUCUGGUUUUCAGCGACUACUGGCAUCCAUCCAAAUCUGUGUUAGAGUCAGGUGUAUUGGGGCUGAGCCUCGACGAUGUGGCUCUGGAGACACGCCCCAUCCUGGCCCGCUCUGACAAGCCUGUCACCGGGGUGAUGAAAACCCAGCCUCUGGUCCCGCCCAUUUACCACGCUUCCACUUACGUCCUCAGAAACGUGGAAGACUACUGUGACGUCAUCACACAGGGCGGUCAUUUAUACUCACGCAUGGGUAAUUUCACAUCAGACUCAGCGGAAUGUGCCAUUAACGCCGUGGAGGGUGGAGCAGGUUCUUUAUUGUUUUCCAGUGGGAUGGCUGCUGUGUCCACUGCUGUCUUAGGGUGUGUCAAUGCCGGAGACCACGUGAUUGCACCGACGCCGCUGUACAGCGGGACAUUUGAGCUGUUUAAGAGUAUCCUGCCCAGAUUCAACAUUGAGAUUAGCCACGUGGAGUCUGGAUCGAGCGUUGAAGAAUACAAGAAGCUGGUCAAGUCAAACACCAAGUUGCUGUACACAGAGACUCCAUGUAACCCAGACAUGAGCUUAACAGACAUAAAGGCGUUCGCGGAGCUCGGCAAUUCCUUAGGAAUUACCACGUUUGUUGAUGGUACAUUCGCUUCGCCGUAUAUUCAGAGGUCGUUGCAGUUCGGGGUUGACAUUUCUAUGCACAGUUGCACAAAGUACGUGGGCGGUCACUCAGAUUUGUUGGCUGGCUGUCUGACCGUGAAGACGCCGGAAAUGUGGCAGAAGCUGCGUCAUAUGCAAAUGAUGAUAGGCUGUGUCUUGAGUCCCCAUGAUUCAAGCCUUCUGUUAAGAGGAAUUAGGACCCUCGGAAUAAGAAUGGAAAAACACUGCGCCAACGCCAUGAAGAUAGCCGAAUUCUUGGAAAAACAUCCAAAGAUAGAACGCGUGAUGUACCCAGGCCUGCCUUCUCAUCCUCAACACGAGCUGGCCAAGUCACAGAUGCUGGGCGGAUUCGGCGGAAUGAUGUCAUUUGAUGUGAAGGGAGGCAAGCGUGCUGGAAUUACUUUAGUUGAGAAUGUCCGAAUAAUCAACCUGGCCGUAUCUCUGGGAGGUGUCCAGUCGCUGAUAGAGCACACGGCAUCGAUGACGCACGGACCACUGAUUGUGUCUGACGAGGAUCGUCGUGCUCAGAGGAUUGGGGAUGGACACAUUCGGUUAAGUGUGGGCAUUGAGAAUGCAGAUGACCUGAUCCGAGACUUAAGCCAGGCAUUGGAUAAGGUGUCUCUCUGA